UAUAACAGAGAAUUUAAAUGUGGGCGCUGCGGAUUCACGAGAUUUGUUCCACGAAUAGAAUGAUUUUCCAUUCUGCCGAGGUGCGAAUUGCUCGUUUUAUCAAACCCACUUUAAGUACGAGCAUAAUACAUAGCCUCCCGGAUUCGCCUCGUACGCUCAGGUCAUCCCUUCAUUCUCGUCGCUUCCCUAUACAAGUUCUCCUCUCUCUUUCUUUUUCCCGUGCACGUGUGUAUAUGUUUUUCUAUGUGUACACUGUCAUUCGGAGGAGAGAACGUAACCUUGAAAAGCCCACCCUCGGAGCGCAAGUUCAAUCGCAGCGGGCGAAGUAACGCUUUUUUUCCGCGUAACACGGAUGAGAGAGAUUUCGCGACAACGGCGGCCGAUCGCACCGAUCAUAAUCGCUGAUAAAAUGUCGACGUAGGAGGCCGAGGAAAAAAAAGUACGGUGAGGUGACGUCUAGAAAUUGGUGCCAGAGGGUAAGCCGUAGAUUUUUAGGUUAGAGGAAAGUUAACGGAAAAGUUUUCGGGAAGCUCGGAACCGACGGAGAUGCCUUCAAGGAUUUAAACGGUGAACGACGCUGCUGUUGCGAGCGGGAAGUAUUUUAUUUAAGACAGUAUGGUUCAACGGCCGGUCGCGCCUAAGCGCAACGUCAGGAUUUUGUUAAUCGGCGAUCGUGGGGUCGGCAAGACUUCCCUGAUUUUAUCGUUAGUCAGCGAAGAGUACGCUGAAGAUGUACCCUGCAAAGCGGAAGAAAUCACGAUACCGGCAGACGUUACACCCGAACAAGUGCCAACGCACAUUGUUGAUUACUCAGCAGAACAAACCGAGGAUCAACUUGCGGAUGAAAUUCAAAAAGCACACGUAAUUUGCGUUGUAUAUUCUGUAGUAGAUGAAGAUACGUUAGAUAGAACUGCUACUUAUUGGUUACCAAUGAUCAGGAGAUGUUCAACCAAUAAUCGUUGUCCGAUCGUUCUUGUGGGAAACAAAAUCGACCUCGUUGACUAUUCUACUAUUGAGGCUGUAUAUCCCAUAAUGAAGGAAUUCACAGAAAUUGAGAGUUGUAUCGAGUGUUCUGCCAAAACCUUACAAAAUGUAUCAGAAACUUUUUAUUAUGCACAAAGAGCUGUUUUACAUCCUACUACUCCAUUGUAUAAUUACGACACACAAGAGCUUACAGAAGAAUGUAAAAUUGCGCUCCAAAGAAUUUUCAAAAUAUGUGAUUUGGAUAAUGAUGGUCUUCUAAAUGAUAUGGAGCUGAAUGCAUUUCAACAGUGGUGCUUUAACACUCCAUUGCAACCACAAGUCCUGGAAGAUGUAAAGGCUGUAUUAUCAAAAAAUAUUCAAGAUGGCAUUUGCAAUGGAUGUGUUACAAUGAAAGGUUUUAUGUACCUCCAAUGUUUGUUCAUACAACGAGGAAGGAAUGAAACUACUUGGGCUGUGCUGAGGAAAUUUGGUUAUAAUAAUGAUUUAAAAAUGUCCAAAGAAUAUAUACAUCCACCAUUAAAGGUUCCUGUUGGAUGCACAACUGAAUUAUCCCACAAGGGUCAAGAAUUUUUAACGUUAUUAUUUAUGCAACAUGAUAGAGAUCAGGAUGGUGCUCUUUCACCAUCAGAAUUGGAAUCGUUAUUUUCAAGGUGUUUAAAUCCGCCAUGGGGUGACGAGUACAAAUAUACUGUUCCAACCAAUGAGAAGGGUUGGAUCACGUUUCAAGGUUACGUAUGUCAAUGGGCGCUGUUAACUCUUACUAAUGUGCGUAAAGCAUUAGAAUAUAUGGCAUAUCUAGGUUACAACAUGUAUAAUAAUGAAUGUCAGACAAACGCGGUGUUAGUCACUCGUGAAAAGAAAUUAGAUUUGGCAAAGAAACAAUCAAGUAGGAAUGUGUAUAGCUGUCACGUCAUUGGUCCAAAGAGCAGUGGAAAAACAACAUUAUGCAGAACAUUUAUUGAUCCUAAACUCGAGAAAUUAACUGAUGAAACGGUACCAUCAAAUGCACACGUAACGGUAAACACGGUACAUGUAUACGGUCAAGAGAAGACAAUAAUAUUACGGGACAUAAAUAUAUUGAACGUUCAGGAUGCUUUAACUCCUGCACAAAUUCAGUGCGAUGUGGCAGCUCUUGUUUACGAUGCCAGUGAUCCUAAAUCAUUUGAAUAUAUCGCACGAGUUUAUAUUAAAUAUUUUGCAGAGAGUAAGAUACCUGUUCUCAUAGUAGCAAAUAAAAGCGAUCUUUCUGAAGUGAAACAAGAGUACUUACUCCAACCAGUAAGUUUUUGCAAUAAGUACAAACUGAUGCCACCACAACCAUAUAGCAUCUCUCGUACCGUACGACGUGAGAUCUUCGUUAAGCUAGCAACAAUGGCAGCUUUUCCCCGAUUUCAAGGAGCAUGGGUAUUAUUUUACAGAGACAGUCCUUUGAGGCGUAUGGUCCACAUGUUGCUUGACAAACCCUCACCUACUCAAUGGUGGAAUUCUUUCACAAGACAUAUAAAUCAGUUUGGACUCGUGCAAGGGGAUUCCAUUGUCUGGUGGAAAGCUGGCCUUGGAAUUGCUGUUGCCACUGUCGCGGGCUUCGUGGUGCUGCGUGUGUUAAACACAGAGAAAAGAUAGUCUAUCAUAUCCAUUUUCUUGCACAUUUAACUGCCUCCUUUAACCGAGUAUAAAACCGACUUUGAAAAACGCGUUAAGUUAAUAAACUAUGUUCUUAAAUCAUUAAUUUUUUAUAUAUCUUUCAGAAGUUAAUAUUCUUUUUUACCUUUCUGGUUUUUUUUUCAGUGUAUUCAGUUUGUCAAUACUUUCACGUUGUUUAUAUUCGUUCUGAUAUUUCAUCCGCAUAUAGCGGGAAUAUUCGCAAGUAUCAAAGACUUGAUUCUUUGAAAGUACAUUGAAGAUUCUUUUAUCACAGAAUUGACUUUUGGCGAAGUUAAGUAUUUCAUACUCCUCAAAAUCUUACUAUUAAUUAUUUAUUCCUUGAAUGUUAUGAUAAGUUAAAUUCAACAGAAAAAUAAAUCUUUUGCACAUUGGUACUUGUCAUAACAGUAACAAUUAUCCCUGCUGUUGUGUUUGCAACAGUCUAAUGGAUACUGCAUCAUUUACAAUAUCUCGUAAGCUGGAGCUUUUUGCUUAGUUUCAAGAAUCAUAAGAAACGGAGGUAAUGACCAAGAAUAGAAUAAUCAUCACAUUUCUAAUACAGAAAUCAUUUAUUACAAUACUUCUAGAACAUACUUCCCCGUUUAAAUAAA